UCAUGUAUCAUUGCCGUCAGUGUCGCCAUGACGUUUCGUGAAGUUAAAAAACUUUUUUCUCUUCCGUAAAUCGUGUUCUCUUUUUCCUUUUAUUAAAACAGCAAGGAUUAUGUAAACAACGAAGGGUCGGAAAAAGUGAGGUAACUUGCUCUGGGACAGGGGCCUUCAGGCCCCCGCACUUCUGAGGGCUCUGCGACGGCCGAAUCGCCGAAUCCUUGAAAUAUGUCGACGGAGCGUGAAAAGUGGGCCUGUGAUUACUGCACGUACGAAAACUACCCUUCAGCCAUAAAAUGCACGAUGUGCAGGGCUUCGAGGGCUCUCAUCGAGCAGAGUGACAUCUACGAGCUCUGUCAACCAGCUGCAACUUCAGAAUUGUGCACUGGCAAAAGUUCACCGAAGCCUGGAGGUGCCGAGGCCACAACCGCCAAUGAGGUGGAUUUGCAGGAACAGUUUGCAGCCCUCCAGCUGGCAGACGAUGUGCUAAAUGAUCAACUCAAAUGGAUCUGUCAGCGGUGCACUUACCAAAAUUGGACGCGCGCCAUGCGUUGCGCCAUGUGCAGCCACAAACGCCAGACCGUCAACAGCCCAGAAACGGCCUGUGGAGUUGUGUCGGCUGACAACCGACUGCAGGCCAUGCGAGAAUCUCCACCUCACGAUUUUCCUGUUGCAAACAACAACUCCGAUUCGAAACGUUGGCGCCGUCACGCUCACCAGGCCGACUGGCCGUGGCUGGACGCUUGCAUUGGGGUCAUCCAGGGCGAUGCCAACCCCGUUGAGGCUUAUUUGGCCUCAGGUGGAGACCCUACAAGGCAGCUGACGGCCACCGAAGUGGCACUCCUAAACCGACCUUCGGCUUUCGAUGUCGGUCACACUCUUGUGCACUUGGCCAUCAGGUUCCAAAAGGAGGACCUUUUGGCCACACUUCUGUCUCAGAUUGAGGGUGGCGGUGCCGGAAUCAAGCGUGUACCUUCGUAUGUAGCCCCAGAACUUGCUGCUGAUGUUCGUAGACAGGUUGCUUCGCUUGUUCGGCAACGCAAGGGUGUGAAUUUCCCGUGCUUCUACGUCGCAGAUGUUGCUACUUUUGCUCUACCAGCCGAAGUGGAGGACCUUCCGCAGUCAGUGCAGGAGCAGUUGUACGACGAAUUGCUGGACCGUGACGCACAGACACAACUAGAGAAUGAUCCUCCAGCUCUGAAUUGGUCCUUAGAGAUCACAAUGCGUCUGGGAUCUAGACUGUUUGCCCUCUGGAAUCGUUCUGCGGGCGAUUGUCUGCUUGAUUCAGCCAUGCAAGCUUCAUGGGGUGUAUUCGACAGGGACAACACUCUGAGACGAGCCAUAGCUGAAAGCUUGCGUCAUGGCGGGCAUAUUUUUUAUCCUAGGUGGCGAGAGUACGAAGAGUUGCAAGCGUCCCUAAUGCACUUCUCUUUGGACGACAGCCAAUGGGAAGAAGACUGGUCAGGUCUGCUGUCACUUGCUGCUCAACCUGGCGCCAGUCUUGAGCAACUACAUGUGUUUGCCCUGGCACACGUCCUCAGACGCCCAAUCAUUGUGUACGGUGUGAAAUUUGUCAAAAGUUUUCGGGGCGAGGCGCUCGGCUACGCGAGAUUUGAGGGUGUCUACCUGCCCCUGCUGUGGGACAGGUCGUUCUGUCACAAAUCACCUCUGGCGUUGGGUUACACGCGGGGCCACUUUUCAGCCCUUGUGCCCAUCGAACCCUACAUGAAUCCAAUCAGGGGUGCCACUCCCGUAACCAAUGACGAUUUACAAGUGACCUUCUUGCCACUGCAAAGCCACGAUCGAAAAUUGCUUCCAGUGCACUUCCUCACACACGCUGAGGUGGGUAUGGAAGAAGCGCUUCUUCGACAAUGGCUGGAUGUGUGUGUGACUGAGGGGGGCCUGUUGGUAGCCCAGCAGAGACUCGACAAGAGACCAUUGCUUGUGGCUCAAAUGAUAGAGGAAUGGCUCAACCACUACAGACGUCUUGGUCAAACUACCGCUGCUCCCUUCAGUCGUACUGUGGCUGUGCAGGAUUACUCCAGUGAUGGUGACUCCGAUGAUGAAUAGGCAGCACUAUGAAUGAACCAUAAAUAACAAAAAAAAAUAAUAAUAAAAAGAUGGUUAUAUUUUAACCUCCACUUAAAUCUUGGUGGAUGUAUAAUGUGACAAAAAGAAUGCUGACCAUCAAGUAACCUCAGUUUUGUGGUUCUAUAAAUUGGUGUCACCUGUGGACUUGUGAUACUUGUUUUUAUUGCAAAAAAUUUAAAAAUCUAUGAAGUCUGUUAUAAAAUAUGAGUGGUUCUUUAGUGUCUACUGGCUACCACCUAUUAUAUUGGUUUGCGUGAAA